AUGGUGUCCCCACUUCUAAUCCUUUGCCUUGCUCUUCCUCUGCUUUUGUUAAUCUUCUUCCAAAACCGAAGAAACUUGAACAAGUGGCACCUUCCACCUGGUCCUAAAGGCCUUCCCAUAAUAGGAAACCUUCAUCAGCUUGAUAGUUCUAUUCUUUAUCUGCAGCUAUGGCAACUCUCCAAAAAAUACGGGCCUCUGUAUUCCCUAAAAUUUGGAUUAAGGCGAGCCAUUGUUGUUUCCUCGGCUCAGUUGGCCAAAGAGGUUUUGAAAGACCAUGACCUUGAAUGUUGUGGACGACCUAAAUUACUUGGCCAGCAAACACUGUUCUACAAUGGGUCAGAGGUGAUAUUUUCAACAUAUGGUGAGUUUUGGAGAGAAAUAAGAAAAAUUUGUAUUGUCCAUGUCCUUAGCUAUAGGCAUGUCUCAAGAUUUGCACCCAUAAGACAGCAUGAGGUGAAGAAUAUGAUGAAAAAAAUAUCCAGGAAUGCUUCAUCUUCAAAGCUUACGAAUUUGAAUGAAGCCUUAGUUGCUCAUGCUAGCAGCAUCAUAAGUAGAAUUGUGUUUGGGAGAAGCUACGAUGAUGAAGAAGCUGAGAGAAGUAGGUUCCAUGGACUACUCAAUGAUUGUCAAGCCAUGAUGGUUGCCUUCUUUUUUUAUGAUUAUAUUCCUUUAUUGGGUUGGAUCGAUAGACUCACGGGACAGCAAGCUCGUCUUGAUGGGAUUUUCAAGGAGGUUGAUAAGUUCACCCAAGAAGUGAUUGAUGAACACAGUGAUCCCAGUAGAAAAAGGACUACAGAGAACGAGGAUGUGACAGAUCUCUUACUUCAACUGCAGAAGCGGCGUUCCACUUCUGUAGAACUCACAGAUGAUGUCGUCAAAGCGAUCCUCAUGGUUUGA